AUGAGACACGUAUCCAACCAAGAAGGUAUCGCACGACGAGCGAGGCAAAAUGCGAAGACAAGCAGCAUCGCCGAAAAGCUGAUUAACGUUUUUUUACCACAGUCGGUAAACUGGACUCAAGAAUUGGAUUCGUUCUCUCCCUCGGACCCGUCAUAUAUGAUGCUUACCGUAUUCUCACUGUUUGCCACCCUGGUUCUGGCUGGCAAAGCCCAGGCGGACUGCACAGCAGAUUUCGUCACAUAUCACGGCUGUGUGCAUAACGUCCUUAAGACCGUUAUGCCGUCGCCCGAGGAAAUCAGCGAGCGGAAAACGGCCAUUAUCCAAUGCUUCACUCAAAACGGUUGCCAGAAGCCAAGUUUGCACUUGGACAGCGACGUCCAUCCGAUGGUAGGCGGAGAGCAAAGCAAAGCGGCCCAUGUCGUUCACUGCUUGCACGAGGCGAGCAAGUCACUGGCAGGGAAAGUUCAAGAGUGCGUUGCCAGCAAGAUUCCCGGCUUUGACUUUAGCGCCUAUGAGAAGUCCGAGAGUGAAUCACUUCCACCACCGUCACCUGGUGGCGACGGCCCAAUGAUGCACCUCAAAGAUGCGGUGGACAAUCCGUCCAUCUGCCCACCGGAGAACAAGCAGCAAGUGGAAUCGUGUUUGAAACAAGGCAUUGAAAGCAAGAAGAGCUAUUUCGAGGAAAAGCUGGCCACAUUCUGCAGCGGCCGGAAAGAGUGCUUCGAAAAGCUGAGCGCCGACUGCCAGAACACGUUCAAAGAAACGCACAAGAUUGUGCACGACUGCAUGUGCCACGGUGGAAUCCGCAUCGACGACUUCAAGCCUGCUUAUGUUCAGUGCAUGGGUGACUUGAACGAAGAACAAGUCCAGUCGGCUCACCGACUGCUAGAGCGUGUUCAUCAACGCAAAUGCCAAGAAACUCACAACUGGACAAACAUGUGCCAGAGCUAA